CGACGCUGCGUCGCCCAAUUCAGGUUGUCAGGAGAAGGGUCUCAUCCACCAAGUGACCGGACACGACUCGGCUGGCCAUUUGACGCCACCCGAAUGUGCUGGGGCCGGCAGGGCCGGCGGUGUCUCUGCGGUACGACGCUCCUUCUCGGCCUCAGUUGCGCCGAGUCCCGCACUCCCACAUCGUCUGCCGCCUCCAUUUUCCUCUUCGUCCCCACCACCACAGCUGCCUCGUCUUCCCGCUGCUCCGGUCUCGCCUCUCCCACGCCCCUACACGCAUCCCACUUGCCUCCAACAGCCGCUGUCGCCGCAACAUCACCCACGACCGAGAUCGCGACCCGAUCGGAUGCGCUUCGACGCCAGCAGUUGUCGUCCCACCAGAGCUUCGAUCUCUGCCUGGCCAGUCAGCCUCGACGCGUCUUCUGCCGCCUGGUCGUCCGGACACGACUCGACAGCCUCCGCUUGGCUACCGUUGACCGGCAGCUUCGGGUUGGGCGGCCACAUGCGGGGCCUCAGGCAUUCGGUAGAGUUGGCCUCGCCUGCGUGGCCGGCUUGGCUGGCCUGGCCGAUGCCGACGGAGGCCUGGACCAACGCCGGCCCACCGGCUCGACGACUACGGCCACGGCCUUGUCUCCAACACCAGCACCCACUCGUCUCCGACUCGACUCCGUUUGGCCUCGUUGGGUUGAAACCCGGAGGCCGUCCAGGCCUGCCUGUAAGACCGGCCGCGGAGCCGGUCGCUGCCGAUCGGAUGAGACUUGGGCGAGCCGAGGUCGUGGCGCUCGGUUGGACGGACCGAGUGUAUCCGUGGGACCGGCCGCGACGAGGCCUCCCCGACAUGGGUACUCGAGGCCUGCCGCCGCCGGGAGGAGCCGAGUGUGA